CAAAAGUCCUGCGGAGCUGCGAGUGAACAGAGUUCAUCACUCCUCACCUCCAGUCUCUCAGCAUGGGGAACAUCAUCGCCUACAUCCUCUCCCGGCUCACUGAGAAGAAGCAGAUGAGGAUACUGAUGGUUGGUCUGGAUGGAGCAGGAAAGACCACCAUCCUCUACAAACUCAAACUGGGGGACGUCGUCAUAACCAUUCCGACUCUUGGCUUCAACGUUGAGACUGUGGAGUACAAGAACAUCUCCUUCACCGUGUGGGACGUAGGUGGACAGGAUGUUAUCAGACGUCUCUGGAGACACUACUAUCAGAAUACCAGUGGCCUCAUCUUUGUGGUGGACAGCAACGACAGUGAGCGCAUAGAAGAAGCCUCAGCAGAGCUGCAUACCAUGCUUCAAGAAGACGAGCUGAGGGACGCUGUCGUGCUGGUUCUCGCUAACAAACAGGAUUUACCCAACGCUGUGCCGGUGCAAAAGAUAACUGAGAGGCUGGGUUUGCACACAGUGAAAGGAAGAAAUUGGCACGUCCAGCCGGCCUGUGCAGUAAAUGGAUCAGGUUUAUAUGAAGGACUGGACUGGCUAUCUAAUCAGCUCUCCAGAAGAUGAAAAUGUUUAUGUUUUUAAGGGCACUUCUUAAACAAUGAUACAUUGCACUGUGUUUAAUAUUCAAAUGUAAGCCUAUACAUUAUGGUAUUGGUUAUAUAAUUGUCUCCCUAUGCACUGUCUGUCAAUAUUUUAUUCCCAAUUCACGUAUUUAUACUCAUUUGUCAAUAUUCUGUCAGGAAUGUUGUUUAAUUGUUGUACAUGUAUGCCUGUGACUGUAAAUAAUUAUUAAAAUACACUGUGUAAAA